CGGGGGAUCAGGCAGUGCUGGGAUAUAUGUCGGGGAGUCCUGUGCCCGAGCGAGGGCCCCGGGGCUAUGCACCCCCUGACACCCCGCUUCUUUUGCAGCGCGGCGCCCGGGCGCCAUGCCCCGCCCCUGAGCAUGUUUCGCAUCCAGGAGUUCCCGGACGAGGUAUUUCCCGGGCAAGAGCAGGAGUCGCCUGCUCCCCCUGAGUCGCAGCGGCAGGCCACGUCCGGCUCCAAGCAGCUAGGCACCCCGGCAGCUGACCUGCGAGGCCGGAUUGGCUCAGACCCCCCCUUGGAGCCAGAAGUUCCGGAUGAACCAGGUGGGGCAUUCUUUCGGGCACGCUCACGCUCAGCACCCCCAAUCCUCUGGGCUGCCAUGCGUUACGGACGGGAGCUGCGCAGGAUGAGUGAUGAGUUUGACGUGGCACUACAGGUACUGCCACGUCCCAAGAGUGCAGGCACAACAGCCCAGAUGCACAGGGGGAGCAGCUGGAAAGAGACCUUACAGGCCUGGCUUGGGCACAGACCUGCCCGUGAUGUUCCGCCUAGGAGCCCCAAGUGACUGCAGUCCCCCUGCUACUAGGGGGAUGAGACCAGUUCCUUGAGAGACUCCUCAGCAGGAUGCCAGUGUCUUAUGAGAGGACAGAAAUGUUAGGGGAGCUUUUUAUGGGGUAUAUUCCCCCAAAUAACUUACUCCCUACCCAACACUGGGGGUAGGCAACAGCCCAUCUCAUUGUAGGGCGAGUCCCCAUCCCUAUCUUUGGGGGAGAGGAAAAAGGCUGGGUUUUCUACACUGUAUGGAAAAGCUGUAAUAAAAAAACAGAUAUUUUCUA